AUCAGUUUACAAUCAACUAAUACAACAAUCAGCCCAGUUUAAUCAACUUUCUCAAUCCAUGCAGUUUAAUACAGAUUGCAAUUCUGAUCAUUUGUAAAUUGUUUUCCCAUUGAAUGAUUGAUACAAUUGUUUAAAACAAUUUCCCAUCAAACCUCCAAGUGAUACAACAUGAUCCUGUUAUCCUUUGCUUACUGUGAGAGUUUCAAGUGAUCAGAAAAAAUUGAAUGUAAAAUUGAAUUUAAAAUUUAAUUGUUAAUUGAAAACAUUGUUAGACUGCAAUCAUGGUAACUCCAAGCUCAUUGCCAAUUAAUCGAUGCCAUUUCAAUAUUCAACAAAUCUUAGGUCUAGAUGAAUCACUGUCAUCUUCAACUUCCUCAAUCAACCACCAUAACAGUACCAAUACCAUCAUCAAUAACAACAUCAAUUGUGAUAAUCGCAACUCACCUUCAACUUCACCUGUAACUACAAUAAUACCAGCAACAACACCGACUCCGGCAACUCCAAUCAACUGGAAUUCACCGAAUCACGAAUCACCAACACCGGGCAACACCAAGGUAACCACUAACCAUGAAACCUUAUCAUCAUCACCACCUUCAUCAACCUCAAUUAACUCACCCACAACUGGACCAAAUAACUCAUUGACACCAGAGUUUCGUUCCAAUGGAACCAAUGGAUCAAUCAAUUGGUAUGAAAGUUCAUUAAAUGGAUAUUCUGGUAAAAGAGAGGCUCUUUUGGGCCCAACCUUGUCACAUUCACAUCAUUCAACUGCACCAACUGCUUCAACCUCAUCUCCAUCAACUACAACCACAACCAAUCAUCAUGCUCAUCAUCUAACUCAACACUCUCACCAUCCUUCCCACCAUCAUCCUCACCAUCCUGCUCAUCAUCAUCACCAUCAACAACAAGCACAACAACAAACUGCACCAUGUUUCUCUGCCUUUACUUCAGCCUCCAUGUUGGGUGCUUACCUGUACAGACCAUCGGCCACAGCCGCUGCUGCAGCUGCACUCAUGUCAGGAUUACAGGGUCAUCCUCAUCAUCAGCCUACAACAGCCACUGCUUCAAGUUCCUCGUCAGGUAUUAACCAUCAUUCAGUUGCAGGUACAAUUAUGAGUGAAUUUAGCCGAUUAAGUGGAGCUCAAGGAAAUGAUUGCGAUAAUAAUAGUUCAAUAAGUUCAAGCAAGAAAAAAAAGAAAAAAAGAAGACAUAGCAUCACCCAGCAAGGUUUAGAGGUGGAUAAGAGGAGAGGAAGAGAGAUUAAUCAAAGAACAAUAUUUACGAGUUAUCAAUUGGAGGAACUGGAAAAGGCCUUUAAAGAUGCUCAUUAUCCUGAUGUUUAUGCAAGGGAAAUGCUUUCCGUUAAAACUGAUCUACCUGAGGAUAGGAUACAGGUUUGGUUUCAAAAUCGUAGAGCGAAAUGGAGGAAAACGGAAAAAUGCUGGGGAAAAAGUACAAUUAUGGCUGAAUAUGGGCUUUAUGGUGCAAUGGUUAGACACUCGUUACCUUUACCUGAUAGUAUUUUGAGAAGUGCCCGAGAUGGUGACGCUCAAUGUGCUCCUUGGCUUUUAGAUCAGAAUCGCAAAAGCUCACAACAUCAUGACUCAAGCGAAUCCCAUUUUGACUUCGCAGGGAUGCAUAAAAAGUCCAUUGAAGCAGCUGAUAAACUACGUGAAUCGGAUACUGAAGGUGAAUCAAGGGAUGCUCCAAGUCCGGUUACAUGUCCAAGUCCAGGAGCCAUGAAAAAUUUAAGAAUCGAUGGAAAUCAAUUGAUGAAUGGACAAAAUAGUAAUAAUAGCAGCAGCUCAAGUGGACCUAGUAAUAACAACAAUAAUAGUGUCAUUGAUGUUGGUACAUCGAUGGCAUUAACGCUUAACCAUUCAUUGUUGAAUCAUAACGUCAAUGGAGGAGCAAUCCAAUUGUAUCCAAUUGAUAGGACGCAUAAUAAUAACAGUAACAAUAAUAAUAGUAAUCAACAUCUUCCGACGACAACAUCAACUGGACCAUUGACUUAUGCCUUUUCUGGAUCAAGACAUAUUUAUUAACUAUAAUUAUUAUGUUAUUAUUACUGAUGAAUUAGUAUUGAAAUUUGAAAUGUCAUUGAAAGUAAAAGCACAGAAGUUGAUUCCAAUCAAACAUAGGCGAUUUUCAUGUAUCAUCACUGAGUCUUGUAAACCAUUUAAAAGACAAGUUUUUUUAAUAUCAACAAUUUGUAGCAAUCAAAUCGCUCAUUCAUCUGUAA